AUGGACUGUAAUGUUGAAGAAAUAGUGAAAGCAUGCAGAGGCUGUGCCCUAGCUGCAAAAGCACCUACCACUAAAUGGCAGUUGUGGCCCAAAACAAAUAUUCCAUGGUCCAGACUGCAUGUUAAUUAUGCAGGUUCACUUAAGAGUUCAUAUUACCUUGUUGUGGUGGACAGUUUUUCAAAGUGGCCUGCAGUGCAUAAGUGUAAAAAGCCAACAUCUGUAGUUACAGUAAGAUUUUUACACAAAUUGUUCACCAGAUAUGGUAUUCCCGAUACCAUUGUGUCUGAUAACAGAACUCAAUUUUCUUCAGAUGAGUUCAGAAAAUUUUGUAAAAUGUUCAUUAUUAUACAUGUGACCACUCCACCGUAUCAUUCUAAGUCAAAUAGACAAGUGGAGCGUUUUGUUGACACUAUGAAGAGGGUGUUGAAAAAGGCAAACAAUGAAGUAAUGGAUGACCUUGCACUUCAACAAUUUCUAAGAGUGUACUGA